GCCUCGUGGUUAGUUGACAUUAAUCAUCCGGUCGUGGUACUGCGUUUCGAUUCCGAGGUACCGCUCGAGCUGAAAGAAGCGAAAAGACGAAGGAGAUAUGCGCUUCGUGAAAUCUUAAUAUUGCGACGUACGUUCGGCGUAAAGAAGACGGAGAGAGAGAGAAAGACGGCUGCGCCUCUUUUAGCUGACAAUUUUCUCGAGAAGAUCGAGAAAUUGCGUGACGGACGAUGGCGUCGCUCAAAUGGCUCGUAGCGGGAGCCAGUGCUGUGGGUGCCGGCACUCUUACUUCUUAUUUUCUUCUGUCGGAUUCCACGGUAUACGCCGAAAAGAUAAAACCAAGGCCACCUAGGAGGACCUUGCCGACGCGGGAGGAUCAGUUGAAGACGCUAAAAUCACAGGACUACGAUGUUCUGAUCGUCGGAGGUGGUGCAACGGGAGCGGGAUGCGCUCUGGACGCUUGCACGCGAGGUUUGAAGACCGCACUGAUCGAGGCCGACGAUUUCGCCUCAGGCACCUCUUCGCGCAGCACAAAGUUGAUUCAUGGCGGCGUGCGGUAUUUGCAGAAGGCGAUUAUGCAGUUGGACGUUGAACAGUACAGAAUGGUGAAGGAAGCGCUUCAUGAGCGUGCGUCGAUGCUGCAAAGCGCGCCGCACCUGGCGCACCCAUUGCCCAUUAUGCUGCCGGUUUAUACGUGGUGGCAGAUUCCUUACUAUUGGUUCGGUAUUAAGAUGUACGAUCUAGUAGCGGGCAGUAAAACGGUGAAAUCUUCGUAUUAUUUGAGUAAAUCGAAUGCUUUGGAACUCUUCCCGAUGUUGAAAGGCGACAAGCUGACGGGGGCUAUUGUUUAUUACGAUGGUCAACAAGACGACGCUAGGAUGAACUUGGCAGUCGCCCUGACAGCCUCGAGACACGGUGCGACAGUCGUGAAUCACGUUAAAGUGGUCAACCUGUUGAAAGGCCUUGACAAGGACGGCAAGCGAGUCCUUGUGGGGGCUCAUCUGAAGGACGAGCUCACUGGAGAGGAAUGGGACGUGAGGGCUAAGGCGAUUAUCAACGCGACUGGUCCCUUCACCGAUCACAUCAGAAAGAUGGACGAUCAGAACGUUCCUGAAAUUUGCUCCCCGUCCUCGGGGGUUCAUAUAGUAUUGCCGGGAUAUUACAGCCCCGAUCAAAUGGGUCUACUCGAUCCAGCGACGAGCGACGGCAGAGUGAUCUUCUUUUUGCCAUGGCAGAGGCAAACCAUUGCAGGAACGACCGACUUGCCAUGCGAGGUAACGCACAAUCCACGACCUACGGAGGACGAGAUCAUGUUCAUUCUGCAGGAGGUAAAGAACUAUUUGAAUCCGGACGUCGAGGUACGCCGCGGUGACGUUCUCUCGGCAUGGAGCGGCAUCAGGCCGCUCGUCUCCGACCCGAACAAACCGAACACGCAAUCCCUCGCCAGGAAUCACAUCGUGCAUGUCAGUCCCACAAAUCUCGUCACGAUAGCCGGUGGCAAAUGGACGACUUACCGGGCGAUGGCUCAAGAGACUAUCGACGCGGCUAUAAAAGCUUGCGAGCUCGAGCCAGAAAGACCUUGUCAAACCGAUGGCUUCCUUCUGGAGGGUGCCCAAGGCUGGAGCCCUACGAUGUACAUUAGAUUGGUGCAAGACUUCGGUCUGGAAUGCGAAGUCGCGCAACACUUGUCCAAGAGCUACGGGGAUCGCGCGUUCGCUGUGGCGAAACUGGCUUCCCUCACGGGGAAGCGAUGGCCGAUCAUCGGGAAGAAAAUUCACCCCGAAUUCCCGUACAUCGAUGCUGAGAUACGUUACGGCGUGCGGGAGUACGCCAGGACCGCAAUCGAUAUGAUUGCGCGCCGGCUGAGACUCGCUUUCCUCAACGUUCAAGCGGCCCAAGAGGCAUUACCGGCUAUUAUAGACAUCAUGGCCGAGGAAUUGCACUGGUCGGCGGAGGAGAAGAAAAAGCAGCAUCGCGAGGCCACGGAAUUCCUCGCCAACGAGAUGGGUCAAAUGGUGAAUCGUGCUUCCCGCGAUAAAAUCCCCAUCAAUCUCACGAAGGAUGAGGUCCAGCUUUACAUCAAACGCUUCGGAAUCAUAGAUAAGGACAAAAAAGGAUACGUCUCUAUCAACGACAUUAGGCGAGGCCUGAAGUUGUUCGGAGACAAGGAAGUACCGGGCGAGGAACUUCACGAAAUUCUACGCGAAAUCGACACCAAUAUGAACGGUCAAGUCGAAUUGGACGAAUACCUUCAGAUGAUGUCAGCUAUAAAAUCUGGUCACGUGGCAUACUCACGUUUCGCGCGAAUGGCCGAAAUGGAAGAGGCACAGCACGAGAAGGAGAAGCUUAAAAUACAGAUAAGUGUCGAGAGAUCGGGCGGCGGACUAUAAAGACAUAUCGUACCCGUACAAUACACCCGUGUAUUGUAAAGUUUGAAAAUAUCUUAAUGUUUUAAUCUCAUCGUUUUGAUUUUACACAUUUCAUCGUCGCGACAGAACAAUUUACUACAGAAUUCCGAGAUUUACAUUCGAUCAGGGUUACGCACAUAUAUCGUCUCGAAACUCAGCAUCUCUUUUUCUCUCGUAAAAUUUUAAAUUUCAUCAUAUCUUGAAAUAAUUUUCAUUGAUCUGCAAAUGUUUCGUGCCAAGUAAUUCGCGACACUAAGAAAGUGAAAUGUAAUUAUAAAAUAAUGAUAUAUGCGUAUUACUUGUAUGUAAUAUUUGUGCAUCGUGUACAAAUGUUAAGACGCUCGUGUUGCUCCUACUUGUAUAUACACGAUCCAAUGCAUUACAUAUAUAUAAGUCAUCAAAUUGUAUCUCACUCGUGUACCAAGAGUAUCAUACAAUACUAAAUGAUACAAUGACAUUUAUAAUAUUAUUAAUUGUACACAUUCUGUAUUAUUUAACUCGAUAGAAUAAUUUGCUAUCCUGUUGACAUUUGCAGCUAAUAUACUUAUGCGACAAAAC